CGGAACCCGCUGGCUGGAGCUCCGGGUUGUUCAGGCCUGAGAAGGCUUGAGGCGGACGUGAGCAGCGUCGGACCAAGAUGGCGGUGCAGGUGGUGCAGGCGGUGCAGGCAGUUCAUCUUGAGUCGGAUGCUUUCCUAGUUUGUCUCAACCACGCUCUGAGCACAGAGAAGGAGGAAGUGAUGGGACUGUGUAUAGGGGAGUUGAAUGAUGACACAAGGAGUGACUCUAAAUUUACGUAUGCUGGAACUGAAAUGCGCCCAGUUGCUGAAAAGGUUGACACCGUCAGAAUUGUUCACAUUCAUUCUGUCAUCAUCCUGCGACGUUCUGAUAAGAGGAAGGAUCGGGUGGAAAUUUCUCCAGAGCAACUAUCUGCGGCCUCGACGGAGGCGGAGAGGUUGGCUGAACUAACAGGUCGCCCCAUGAGAGUUGUGGGCUGGUAUCAUUCCCAUCCUCAUAUAACUGUUUGGCCUUCACAUGUUGAUGUUCGUACACAAGCCAUGUACCAGAUGAUGGAUCAAGGCUUUGUAGGACUUAUUUUUUCCUGUUUCAUAGAAGAUAAAAAUACAAAGACUGGCCGGGUACUGUACACUUGCUUUCAAUCCAUUCAGGCCCAGAAGAGCUCAGAGUAUGAGAGAAUUGAAAUCCCAAUCCAUAUUGUACCUCAUGUAACCAUUGGGAAAGUGUGUCUUGAAUCAGCAGUUGAGCUGCCCAAGAUACUUUGCCAAGAGGAGCAGGAUGCGUAUAGAAGGAUUCACAGUCUUACACAUCUGGACUCAGUGACCAAGAUUCAUAAUGGCUCAGUGUUUACCAAGAACCUGUGCAGUCAGAUGUCAGCAGUCAGCGGGCCUCUCCUACAGUGGUUGGAGGACAGACUGGAGCAAAAUCAGCAACAUUUGCAGGAGUUGCAACAAGAAAAGGAAGAGCUUCUGCAAGAACUUUCUUCUUUAGAAUAAAGGAGAAGACAAAGUGGGGUAAAAUUUUUUUUCAAUGGUCCAAAAAUUCAUGCACCUCAUGUGUAGGCAGACAAUGGAGCAUCUCUUUUUAUAUCCCAAUGGAUGAGUUUUAUGUAUGGAAUAAACACAAGAUGUCUUCCUAAAAGUAUCAUUGGGGCUUAAAGAACCCUCUACCUGUAACUGGCUUAGAAAAGACAUUGCAAGAUCAUUUAAGAAGAAUAUUAAAGGUUGUUUUUAAAGGCCGUGGAAUGUGCAUUGGCAAGGAUAACCUGUAAUACAAUAUCUGGGGAGAGUAUAUUUCAAAUUUUUAUUUCCCCUUUUUUAACUUGGAAAUAUUUAUAUUCAUUUUUAGAGGCACUCUCUAGAAUAAGCUGAAGGAAGAAGAGUAUUUAAUGUUUCAGUUUUGUAGUUAUGAUGUUUAUGUUACAUAAAUAAGUACACAAGGAUUAUGUCUUCCUUCUUGAUCUCUGAAAUAUAUUCUGAGAUAUGUCUCAAAGUUGAAUCUAUGUGAGUGCCUUUCUAACCAAAUAGAUGCGUUCUAGCAUAUUUGAUUCUAAAGUAAAAUUGUAUCAAGAAGAUCCUAUUUACCUAGGAACUUCCAUUAUAGUAUAAAUGUGUUUUUCCAGAAGUAUUCAGGAUUUAGAAUAUAACAAAAACCAUACUUUAUAAAGUUCUGUUGUAUUAUUCUUACCAUGUGUAACCACAAAUAGUAAGUGUGUCUCCAGAAAAGAGUCAAGCCAAUCACAUACUGGGAAUUAGUGGGAACUGGAGGAAGUAUAAAGAAAGUAAAUAACAAGAGCCCCAAUCUCAAUAUCAAUGACAAAGUGUUAGAUUUGUUUUUGUUUCUCCUUAGAUUAUUAUUUUUCAUGUUUUAAAAUAUAGUCCAGAACCACUUGCACCAGAAUCACUUGGAGGUCAAACUGCAUCUCUGGGUGGAACCAGGCAUUUUCAUGAACUCCCCAGCUGAUUCUAAGGCAAACCACUACCCUAGGGCAUAUGCAGUAUAAAUGCUGUAUUUUCCCUAAUUUCUCAUAGCCACAGUUCUUCUCUAUUUUUUUUCUUUCCCUAUAGGAAAAAUGAACAUAUCCAAAUAUAAAAUUAAAUAAGCUAAAUCAAUUUUGAAGAAAAAGUUGGAAGGACUCACAUUACCUGACUUCAAGACUCACUAUAAAGCAAUAUUAAGCAAGAUGAUAUAGUAUGUGACCAACUGAUUUUUGACAGAGGUGCAAAAACAGUUCAGUGGAGGAAGAAUAGUCACUUCAACAAAUGACGCUGGAAAAAUUGGACACCCAAAGGCAAAAAAUUAACUUUGACAUAAAAUGCAGUUCAUAUAAAAAAUAACUCAAAAUCUAUAACAUGUAAAACUAUACAAAAUUUAGAAUUAAAAUCAUAGCAAAAUUUUCAUGAUCUUGGGCUAAGCAACAAGUUCUCAGCCUUUACCUCCAAAGCACAAUCCUAAAAGGAAAAGUUUGACUUUAUCAAAAUGAAAACUUUUGCUCUGCAAAAAUUUAAGAGGAGGAAGUUAUUCAGAGAAUUAUUUGCAAACCAUAUAUCUGAUCAAUGUAGAAUAUAUAACAGUAAAAACCAACAAUCCAAUUAGAAAAUGAGCAAAAGACAUUUCACUAAAGAGGAUAAUAUGGAUAGCAAGUAAACACAGGAAAAGAUCUUGAACUUCAUUAGUCAUCAGGGAAUACAAAUGAAAGUCACAGUGAUUUAUUACUACAUAUUUAUCAGAACAGCUAAAGAAAAAAUUUUUUAAAAUACCAGAUGCUGUUGAGCAUGCAAGCUGAAUCUCUCAUGCAUGGCUGACAGGAAAGUAAAGUGAAAUUUUAAUAAAAUUAAACAUACAUAUACCAUAUGACCCAGCCAUCUGACUCCUACACAUUUAUCACAGAGAAAUAAAAACCUGUGUUGGCAAGAAAACCUGUACACAAAUGUUUGUAUCAUUUUCAUUUGUAAUAGCCCAAAACUGGAAGCAACCCACAUGUCCUGCAAUUGAGUAGUUAAACCAAUUGACACCAAUCACCCAUACCAUGGAAUACUACUCUUUAAUCAAAAGGAAUAGACUAUUGAUGCAUGCAACUUGGAUGGCCCUCAAAGGUAUCCUGAUGAAUAUUUUAAAAAGCAGUCUCAAAAGGUCACAUACUGUAUAAUUGAUUUAUAUAACUUCCUUGCAAUGACAAAAUUACGGAAACGAAGAACAGAUUAAUAGUUGUCAGGCAUAGGAAUUGGAGGGGUGUGGAAUAUAUGUGUUAAGGGAUAACAAAAGGAAUUUCUUUGUACUGAUGGAACAGUUUUGUGCCUUGAUUAUGGUGUUGAUUUAGUGAAUUUAUACCUGUACUAAAACUACAUAGAUGUACACACACCCACAAAUUAAUACAUGUAAAAAUGAAAUAAGUUCUGCAAUCUAGUAAGUCGUAUUAUACCAUUUUCAAUAUGUUAGUUUUGAAGUAGUACUAUAUUUAUGUAAGCUCUUAUUAAUGGGGGAUACUGGGUGAAGGGUACAUGGGACUCUGUACUAUUUGCAACUUCCUGUAAAACUGUAAGUAUUGCAAAAUAAAAUUUUAUAGCCCUG